AUGUCUAUAUAUAUAUCGGAACAUCUAUCUAUCUAUCUAUCUAUCUAUCUAUCUCAUUCUAGUCACAUUUACUUAACUUUCGUAAUGUGGUCAUAUCUAUCUAUUUUAUCUAUCUAUCUAUCUAAGUCUGUGCAUAUCUAUCUAUUUAUCUAUCUAUUUGAUUUUUUAUCCUUCUAUCUCAUCCUGGUCAUAUGUAUGUAUGUAUGCAUGUAUGUAUGUAUCUAUCCAUCUAUCUUAGUCUGUUCAUAUCUAUCUAUCUAUCUAUCUAUCUAUCUAUCUAUCUAUCUAUCUAUCUAUCUCUGUGUAUACAAUCUAUCUAUCUAUCUAUCUAUCUAUCUAUCUAUCUAUCUAUCUAUCUAUCUAUCUCACUCUGUUCAUAUCUAUCUAUCUUUCUAUCUAUCUAAGUUACAGCAAUCGGCUCUUUGCAAACAGGAGGAACGUCCACUCCCUUAA